AUGACAGGAAAUGGUCAAAAUUGGAAGCGUGAGGAAGAAGAUGAAGACGAUCAGGAGAUUGACGAAGCAAGCUACAAGGCCCAAAAGGAUGCCAUUCUGAUGGCAAUUGAGGUCAGCGAGUCCAUGAUUGAGCCCCCGCCGCCGUCGGACUCAAAGAAGGCCGAUCGAAACAGUCCGCUCGAGGCAGCUCUCAAAUGCGCCUACCACUUGAUGGAGCAACGCAUCAUCUCCAACCCCAAGGACAUGAUGGGCAUCUUGCUGUUUGGAACGCAAAAGACAAAGUUCCACAGUGAAGAAAGCGGCCGUGGUGGUCUGGGCUACCCCAACUGCUAUCUGCUCACAGAUCUUGAUGUUCCGGCUGCCGAUGACGUAAAGGUGCUGAAAGCUCUUGUGGAGGAUGGUGAGGACGACGACGACGUUCUAAGACCAUCAACGCAGCCGGCAAUCAUGUCCAACGUACUGUUCUGCGCCAACCAGAUUUUUACGACAAAGGCCGCUAAUUUUGGAAGUCGUCGCCUGUUCAUCAUCACCGAUAACGACAAUCCCCACCCUACAGACAAGGCAGCCAUGUCGGCAGCUGCGGUUCGAGCCAAGGACCUUUAUGACCUUGGGGUAGCCAUCGAGCUCUUUCCAAUCACUCGAGGUGAUUCAAAGUUUGAUUUGACAAAAUUCUACGAUGAUAUCGUGUACCGAGAUCCAGCCACGGAAGCCAAUAACCCGGCGAUUUCCAUUUCCAAGUCGGGCGAUGGAUUGUCUUUACUCAGUUCGCUGAUCUCCAACAUCAACUCGAAACAGACGCCCAAACGGGCCUUGUUCUCCAACGUGCCAUUUGAGAUUGCCCCUGGGCUGCGAAUAUCUGUCAAGGGCUACAACAUCUUUCAACGGCAGACGCCGGCGAGAACGUGUUACAUCUGGCUCGACGGCGAAAAGCCUCAAAUAGCUACGGGUGAAACGACCAGGCUUGCCGAGGACAGUGCCAGGACUGUCGAGAAGGGCGAGAUGAAGAAGGCUUACAAGUUUGGCGGUGAAUACGUCUAUUUCUCGCCGGAAGAACAGCAAUCUCUGAGGGACUUUGGAUCACCUGUUAUUCGAAUUAUUGGCUUCAAGCCUCGAAAGUCACUGCCCAUGUGGGCCAGUGUCAAGAAGUCCGCCUUCAUAUUCCCCAGCGAAGAGGAUUACGUCGGCUCCACCCGUGUCUUUGCGGCGCUCUGGAAGAAGCUGCUCAAGGACGACAAAGUGGGCAUUUCAUGGUGCGUCGUGCGCGCGAAUGCGCAACCGAUGCUGGCCGCCAUAAUCCCGUCUCGGGAGCGGUCUGAUGAAGAAUCCGGGACUCCAUUUCUACCUACUGGGCUGUGGAUUUAUCCCUUGCCCUUUGCGGAUGAUUUGAGAGAAAUCACGAUGCCGGUCAACGUGGCGCGAAGCUCCGACGACCUCAAGACGAAGAUGCGAACAGUUGUUCAGCAACUACAGUUACCCAAAGCCAUGUACCAGCCAACGAAAUACCCAAAUCCUGCGCUGCAGUGGCAUUAUCAAAUCCUGAAAGCGCUGGCCCUCGAGGAGGAAGUACCGGAGGAAGCAGACGACGCGACCGAGCCCAGGUAUAAAGCUAUCAGCAAGCGCGCGGGUGGAUACCUAGAAGAAUGGUCUGGCAAGCUCGGAGAGGACUUGGGGCCUAUGCUUGUAGCAAAACUGAAGCGAGAGGCGGACGAUGAUGGCUCAGAUCGCCCCACGAAGCAGAGGCGCGGGGCCUCUGAAAGGACCAAUCCUUCGUCCAUGUCAUUGAAGGAACUGAGGGAGGCCCUAGAGAGCGGGCAAAUCACGAAGAUGACGGUCGCUCAAUUACGGGAUGUAGCUGGGUCCAAGGGCAUCAAUACGGCAGGAAAGAAGGCGCAAAUUGUCGAGAGGAUUGAGCAAUGGGUAGACGAGAACGCGUGA